AUGGGCAGCAUCACCCUCACCCACCACCAACCCUCCUCAAAAACCACAGACCAUCCAGACCAUCUAGUAGACAACCCACCCCCCUUCUACUGGCGCAUCAACGCUCCUCCCCAUCACCCAUCGCGCACCUCCCCUUUUUGCCCUCCCUUUCUCCUCCUCAAAACCACCACCAGCAGCAGCAGCAGCAGCAGCAGCAACAACCUCCCUUCCCCCCAAUGCCUCUCACCCAAAGACUUUUCCACAAUCAUCACCCCCAACCAUCUCUAUAAACGCGACACGUGGCCCCAAGUCCGUCGUCGCGUGCAAGAAAACAAGCUGGCCGAGUUCCAAAGAACUCCAGCGGACAUGUGGCGGUACCUGGAAUUUUGUUGGCAGAUUAAAGAAAAGUACAAGGAAGGGGGAGGGGGAGGGAUCAAGGAGUUUAUUUUGAAGGAGCGGUUGAAGUGGGGGGUACCUGGGGAUGGGGGUGGGGAGGUGGUGGCGGCCAGGGGAAUGAGGUUUGCAGAGGAUACCAAAGAGGGGGAGAAUGGGGAAAAGGAAGGGGAUGUGAAAAUAUUGUGGAACGAUUGGCCUUAUGGGGUGGAUGAAAAGAUUGUUCACCUGGUGGUGUGGACGAAAUUCGCGCUGGAGGAUGAUCCGCAGACGGGGGAUUUGACGGAGGAAGCGAGGGCGGAGAUUGAUGAGUUUGUGAAGAAAAAGUUUCAAGUUGGGGGGAGGAUGGCGGGGGAACAUAUCAUCUGGUUCAAGAACUGGGCACACAUCAAGUCGGUCAAAGCCGUCGAACACUUCCACGUCAUGCUAUUUGAUCCUGACCCCGAGUUUGUGAGGGAGAUCACAAAGGGGGAUGUCCCUCUUGGUAUCAUACAUACAGACGAACUAACAACGAACGAGAACCGCCCGGGCACCUUUUCAACAACCGAACAAACCAGCUAAAAAUCCGAGGACUUUGAAUUCACACACACACGACUGCGUUCAUGGGGAAAGUUGCCAAGACCUAGCUCGCGGCUGG